AUGUCCAAUCGGGACACCUUCGAGGCGCGUAGAAGACAUGCGCCUGAUUCUAUCGUCCCGUCCCUCCGCUCUCCGUGGCUCGCAUUAUUUGCGUUGCUGCUGGUGCUGUCGCUGAAACUAUCGCUGGGCGAUGACGUGUCGAACUGUGAUUCGCUGGUCAGUGGUUACGAUCCAUCCAUCGUUCGCUCUUCUCGCAUUUCUUCGUCUCCUUCUCUUUCCUUUCGCCAUUUCUGCUUCCCUGCUCUCACCCCUCUUUCCCUCUGCUUGCCCCCUUUUCCCUUCUCUCGCCCCGGGUUCCCUUCGCCAUAUGCCUUUCCGCCUUUCGGUUCCUUCCUCCCCUCCUCGCGCCUCGCCCCCUCCUCUCACCUCCGCUUCGGGUUCCCCGAAGCCCUCUGUGGCGACUGGUGGAAGGAGUACGUGAAACUGCAUGCACGCAUGAGGGAGGCGAGCAGACUACAGCACGCACAGGCGCAGGCACAGGCGCAGGCACAGGCACAAGCCCAAGCCCAACCGCAAGCCCAGGCUCAAGGGCAAGCCCAGGCCCAGGCAGGUGUGGCAGUUGCUGCUGCUGCCGAUGCCACUGCGCCUGCUGCUGCUGCUGCUGCUGCUGCGUCAGCUCCUCCCCUCUCGCCACCACCCCUCCCCUCCUCCUCCCCCUCCCCUCCCCCUCUCCGCUUCCUCACAUACGAGGUCCUCUUCGGGUGUGGGGGGCUGGGGGACGCUCUGAUUGGCCUAGCCGCCGCGUUCACUGUAGCACUUUUGGACGGACGUGCCCUGAUUCUCAACCACCCGUGCCUGCCGCAAGCCUUUGACCCCGCCCUCGUUGACUGGCGGUUGACCGACGAUGUCCCCAUGGAACCUUCCAGGAAAUACACGUAUGUUCCGCCUCCUGACGUCGGCCCUACGGCUAACUCACCUCCUGCUGCUGCUGAUUCAACAGCUGCUGGUGCUGCUACAGGCAGUGAGGCAGGAGGGGAGCCGGCAGAAGCAGCAGUGCAGGCAGGGGAGGUGAUUCGGGUGAACCUGAAGAACCGUGAUGUGGACUUGCAGCCGCUCUUCUCCCGCCUCGCCCCCGCCGCCAACAUCCUGCUGCGCUGGAACCGCGGCGUGCUCACAAGGCUCUUCCUGGAGGCUUAUAACGCGGACAGGGAGGCUUAUAAUGGGGAUGGAGGAGGGGGAGAGGCGGGGAGAGGGGUGGGAGGCGAGUGGGGGAUGAGAGGCAGCAGGGAGUGGGCGUUGAGGUGGUUGUCAGGUGGGGUGGGGGAUGAGGGGCAGCAGGGAGUGGGCAUUGAAGCGGUUGGGAUUCAGGCUGCCAUUUGUACAGAUCUUAUACCAAAGCCUGAGGUGUGGCAACUCAUCCGACCGUUCGAUCAGCAGCUUCGGGGCGAUCGGACGGUCGUGAUUGGUCUGCACGUUCGGUUCGAGGACAGAGCAGUGUGGGGAGAGGGAGGGGAGGGGGCGCCUUUAUCACUCUCAGAGGAGCGAGUGAGGGAGAUGGUGGAAGAGGUUCGACCCACUCUUGAGUGUGCCAAGCGAGUGCAGGAGUGGCACAUCCCCUCCUCCCUCCCUGUCAAGUGGCUACUGCUCUGCAACUCCAUGCAAGUCAAGAAGGCAGGGAGCAGCAGCAGGGGGAUAAUGCUUCUCACCUUACUCUCUCUUUCUCCCUCCCGCCCUUCAACCCCACAGCGAGUGCAGGAGUGGCAUAUCCCCUCCUCCCUCCCUGUCAAGUGGCUACUGCUCUGCAACUCCAUGCAAGUCAAAGAGGCCAUUCACAAGCAAUACCCGGAUAAGGUGGUAACCACCGACUUCACUCCCCGCCACGCCAACAGCAUGAGUGGGGAAGACACCACCAUGCAGCCCUCCCCAUCCACCUCCUCCCUCUCCUCCCCCUCCUCUCCCUCCUCUUCCUCCUCUCCAUUCCUCGAGCUCAUAGCCGAGUGGUUGCUGCUAGCCUCCUCCCAUUUCUUCGUCAUCCCCAACUCGGGUUUCUCCAGCAGCAGGGUCUGCGUUUAUGCCGCCGGAUAA